AUGGACUCGAUAAGGGAAGGUGACGAAGUUACGUCCAAAUUUCUCCACAAAGCUUGCGACGUCGUCGAGUUCAAACUCUGUAGAACCGUAGCCGAUAUCGAUAAGGCAAAGCCGUUUAAGCCAGAUUACGCAGUGAACGUACUUGGAGAGGACAAGAAUGAACUGAUUUUCGGGUACAGCGAUUUGAAGAUUGAGCUGUUCUUCACCGCAUCCAAAUUGAAUCAAUACUACAGAAAAACGUAUACUGAAGCGAUUCCAAAGACCCUGGAUGGAAUCGAGCCGGACAAUGUAGAGGAAGCUUUCAUCAAGCAGGAAAUUUUACAGCAGGAAAACGGCGCUCAGAGUAUUGAGCAUUUCGCGGACCUGAUUCGUCAAGAUAAGAAAUUCAAACCAUUUGGACGAAAACUUCAUGAGCUCAAUGUCGUCUACAAUACUUUGCAAGAUAGCAGCACUCGGCAUUAUGAGAUAUAUUUUUGUAACACGCAAUGCCCUGGAUUCAGAGAGUGGUAUCAAAGAUUGGAGACAUUCGUCCUCUGGUAUGUCGACGGUGGAAUUUAUAUUGACCUUGAUGACGAGCAAUGGGAGUUUUUCAUUUGUUAUGAACGAUUCAAAGAUGAAGAAAGUGGCGAGCCUCGUUGGGCCCCCGCCGGCUUUUCGACUGUGUUCAAGUACAUAACAUUCCAGAAGAACAAGAUCACGAGUAGACUGUAUCGACCACGCAUUUCCCAAAUGUUGGUUCUACCACCAUUUCAACGGCAGGGAAUAGGUGCUGAGCUUCUCCGCCAAAUUAGACGUUUUUAUACCAGAAAUGACGUUUGGGAACUUACAGCGGAAGACCCGAACGAAGACUUUCAACGAACGCGAGAUUUCGUUGACGUUGAAUUUCUGAUGGAACAGGAGGAGUUCCGCGGGCCAAAAGUAAAGUACUACACGAAGCAUCGCUCUGCUUUUGUUCAAGCUGCGAGGCAACUCGGGAAGAUGUGUGAGGGCCAGUCUCGUCGAUGCUUCGAGAUUUUACUUCUCAACCUGAUACCUCGAUCGAACGAAGGACUUAUUACAAGUUACCGACUGAUGAUAAAAGCAAGACUGAACUCUGCUUUCAAGAAAAAAGUGCAAAUAAAGAGAGCUGCCAUUUUACCUGACUCAAAGGUUCCAAUGGACCACUCACCAGUUAUAUCUGACGAUGAGAGAAAACAGAAGCUGCAGACAGAUUUCGAGGCGAUAUUUGCCAUGUAUGAUCUAGUGCUUGAACGCCUGAAUAGGUGUCGAAUGCCGAAAGUGAAACUGGCCGCAUGA